GAUACAACUCAGAAAUGGCCUCUUGUUGUGUUUUUCUCAUGGACUUGGAUGCUCUCGAGCCAUUUACAGUCGGGUUUGUUAUGAUAUGGCAUCGUAUGGAUUUGUGGUGGCCGCUGUUGAACACAGGGAAGGCUCGGGUUGUGCCAGUUUCUACGUAAACGAAAGUGGGGAAAAAACUUGGAUUCAUCACAAGCGAGUGCCUCUGCUUCCACGAGUAUCAAGAUCGGAAUCAACAAAUCAAAGAUAGAGUCCAAGAGGUCGUGCGCACUCUGGACUUAAUCACGGACUUGGUUCAUGGAAACAUGCCCAAAAACCUUUUGGAGACGAACGAGAAAUUGUCUACAUCCAUUCUGGAAGAGCUCUCGUCGGUUAUUGAUCUGUCCAAACCAGGGAUAACGGGGCACUCCAUGGGUGGAGCCACGACUGUCCUGUCUUUGGCCACGGAGGCGAGAUUCAAAUUUGGAAUUGCAUUGGAUGCGUGGAUGUUUCCGUUGCGGGAUGAGCCAAAUUUGUCACAGAAGCUGGAAACGAAGCCUCUCAUGUUCAUAAGCACGGAUGGUUUCCGUUCCAAGGAGAACAUAGCCAAGAUAUCAGAAUUCCAAAGAGAUGAUGCGGAUCGUCAGUUCCAUUUCAUUAAGGGGAGCGUUCAUCAGAACCAUUUAGAUGUGCCAUUCAUCUUGAAGGCUGCUUUAAUUCGGAAAGUGGUUGGAAUGGCGUCGAAGACAUGUCCAGAAAUUGUGAUAGAUCUUAACAACAAGAUGAUGGUUCAAUUCCUUUGGAAGCAUUUAGGGCUUCUUAAUGAUAAAGAUGUUGACGAAGACAUCAAGAGAUUAAAACAACAGUAUUUAGCUGAUCUAUUAGAUCCCAACGAUUUGCCUUGAAAUUCUCCGCUAAAUUUCAAAGCUCGAAAAAAACAAAAGAAGAUAUCUCACCAUGAAGAGCGUACAAGUCACUCAUUAUUUAUUCACCACCAUAACUCUCGCUGUGUUUGCCAAAUUUUUAAAAUUCCUCAAUAAACAUUUAUUCAUAAUGA